GACGUGCCAAACAUGGCGGCGGCGGCGGCGGCGGCGCUGGUGACGGAGGCGGCGGCGGCGGCGGCGACGGCGACGGCGACGGCAGCGGCGUUGUAUAAGGCCGUGGGCGUGACCCGCUGCGGUUGUCAGACCUUUGUGUGGCUUUUCAAUUUUAGUUGAGAUCCCCUCCAUGGCCUUUUGGCGCCCCUUGGUGUGUCUCCAGAGUAAAUUUGAAUUACUCUACAUUUCAUCGAUGUUGGAGUGGCAAGAAAAAGGAGGAACUGAUUUGGGGUGAAAAGUUUUUUUCCCCUAGGUAUUACAAACUGUAAACUUAAAAUAAAAAGUCAAAGAUGGGUGAAAAGAAACCAGAGCCUUUGGACUUCGUGAAAGACUUCCAGGAAUACCUGACUCAGCAAACCCAUCAUGUGAACAUGAUUUCUGGAUCAGUUAGUGGGGACAAAGAAGCAGAGGCUCUUCAGGGAGCUGGAACAGAUGGUGAUCAAAAUGGACUUGAUCAUCCAUCUGUUGAAGUUUCCCUGGAUGAAAACUCAGGAAUGUUAGUAGAUGGGUUCGAAAGGACCUUUGAUGGGAAGCUCAAGUGUCGCUAUUGCAACUAUGCCAGCAAAGGAACAGCCCGACUUAUUGAACACAUCAGAAUCCACACAGGUGAAAAACCUCAUAGAUGUCACUUAUGUCCAUUUGCAUCUGCUUACGAGCGUCACCUGGAAGCCCACAUGCGCUCUCACACAGGAGAAAAACCAUACAAAUGUGAAUUAUGUUCCUUCCGCUGCAGUGAUCGGAGUAACCUGUCCCAUCAUCGAAGGCGCAAACACAAAAUGGUACCAAUUAAAGGUACUAGGUCUUCCUUAAGCAGCAAGAAAAUGUGGGGGGUUUUACAGAAGAAAACAAGCAAUCUGGGCUAUAGCAGAAGAGCACUAAUCAACUUAAGUCCACCUUCAAUGGUGGUUCAGAAGCCAGACUACCUUAAUGAUUUUACCCACGAAAUCUCAAACAUUCAGACUGAUUCCUAUGAAAAUAUGGCAAAAACCACUUCGACCGGUGGCCUCCCAAGGGACCCCCAAGAACUCCUAGUUGACAACCCUUUAAAUCAGCUCUCCACUCUAGCAGGACAGUUGUCCAGUUUGCCACCUGAAAACCAAAACCCCGCAUCCCCUGAUGUAGUUCCCUGCCCAGACGAGAAGCCUUUCAUGAUGCAGCAGCCCUCUGCCCAAGCGGUGGUUUCUGCCGUGGCAGCGAGCAUUCCUCAGAGCUCCUCUCCGACAAGCCCCGAGCCUCGGCCAUCGCAUAGUCAGAGGAACUAUAGUCCGGUGGCAGGUCCAAGCAGCGAACCCAGCGCCCACACGAGCACACCUAGCAUAGGAAAUAGCCAGCCAAGUACCCCAGCCCCGACCCUGCCAGUCCAGGACCCGCAGCUCCUCCACCACUGCCAGCACUGCGACAUGUACUUUGCUGACAACAUUCUUUACACUAUUCAUAUGGGGUGUCAUGGGUAUGAAAAUCCCUUCCAAUGUAACAUAUGUGGAUGCAAAUGUAAAAACAAAUAUGAUUUUGCCUGUCAUUUUGCAAGAGGGCAACAUAACCAACACUGAUUGGAAACAAUCACAGUAUGCUUCACUUGGUUUUGCCUUUUUGCAUUGUGUAGUUUUGUUUAUUGUUUUUGUGGGGGGAAGGAAUCCCUAAUAAGGUGUAUGCUAAUUUAAAAGGUUAUACAUUAUAUUUAUAGAAAACAAAUUUGACAAUGGAAACAAAAUGUUUGCCUUUUUUAAGUAAGUCUGGUCAGGGUCAUUUAUAUAUUAGAACAGUUAGACACACUGGUGUCUCUUUUUUGCUUUCAUUUAGACAUUUGAGAAUUGAAGUGCAAUCUUAAUCUUUAAGUGUUUGUUUAUAUUUCCCACAUUUACGGUCCGCAUAAACUUCAAAGCUUAUUGAUACUCUUGAUGUCUCAAUAUAUAUGUUGCAGCUAGAUGUUAUUUCUACCGUAUUUCGAAAAAGUAAAAUAAAUUACUUUCUCACAAAAUUUAUAACAACUUAUUUCAGUGUUUAGUAGAGGAAUUGCCUUUAAAAUUGCUCUUAGUUGAAAUACUAUUUAGUUCACAUAGUUUAAGUUGAAUUAGUAGUAUCAUUUCAACUGAUUAUAGUAAAGCUAUUUCAGUGUAUAGUAAACCUUUCCUUUUCCAUAAGGGGAAAUGUAAAACAGUUAAUUCUUUUAAAAUUAAAGUUAUAAAAAUGUGAGAGAAAAGUUCUGAAAAGAAAUGAAACUUAAGGCUUUACAUUGAAAAUGGAGUUUAAUAUUUAGAAACCUGUUUAUUCAAUUUCUAGUUUAAAGACACACCAAUUUUCCAUUGGAUUCUUUUUAUUAUACUUUUAGCUUAUUUUAAAAACCACAGGUAAAUACAUGAGAAUGCUAGAAAUACCAGAAGAUUAUCUAUGAAAAUGCCUUUUUUGUUCUUUUAAUCUGAACUUUCUAUUUAAAUCCUUCAUUCUGAUGUUAUUACUGACGUCAGGUGAGGUUGAUAACGAUACUAAGAAUCUGUUAUUCCUCCUAUUCCUUUAAUGACCAAAGAGGCACAGUGCAAACCAUCCAUUUGACUCCUAGGAAACGCAGUCCUUAAGAAAAAAAUCUCUGAAGUUCUUUUUCCUGCUUUGUAUCCAUUUGUUGUCCAUUAUUUCCUCCAAAAAGGUGAGUAUAGAAACACAUGGAGAAAUGUGAUGGUGAAGUAAUAUUUUAAAAAAUGAGAACAUAUAUCCACAAAAUGAAUACCGGUCUCCGCUUUGAAAUUGGCCAUUUAAAAUAUUUCAUGUGAAUUCAAGUUGUAAUACUUAUAUUCAGUUUUACCAGUCUUUCCUGUACAGUGACAAAACUAUAGGGAAACUGACUGGAUCAUCACCUUAGUAGGAAAAGAUUUUAAAAUGUGAAAAUAGAUACAAACUGCAUUUAAACAUGAUAUUUAAUUUGUUUACAAAAGUAAGACUUGCUAAAUAAAAUAAAUCUAGAGUAAUUUUGAAUAGGAGGCUAUUGUUUAUAUAUUGUGUAAUAACUAGCUUACUCUGAGGAGAGCUUGGUCAAAAACAAUAAAAUACAUUGUUACUAACUGUUGGUUUCUGUGUACUUUGCAAAAAUUUUAUUUUUAAUUUGGUUCAAAGUUUGAAAGUGUUACUAAUUGGCUUUGUAAAGAGAAUGUCCUAACAAUGAAGCAUUUAUUAACCAUAAAGGACCACUACUCUAAAUAAGAGUAAAUAAAAGAGAAAUAUUGAUGGUAUAUGUCUAUAAAAACUCCUAAGUACCAAGUUAAUGGAUCUUCUGCCCUCCCAAAUGCCAUAAAGCCAUAAAAAUGAGUUCUUGUGGUUUAGUAUCCAACCUGAACUAAUCGCAAUUGCAUUGUUCAAAGAAGUGGGAUUUUGGAGAGUGUGUCCCUCCAAGCGGUCUCUCUUUCCUGUCAAGGCCAAGGCUUUCACGUCUGAAAUUCCACAGGCCUCCUUUGCACUGCUGCUUAAAUUGCUCGCUGCUCAGAUCAGUUUUAGGGCGGCCAUCUUCAAAUGUGUGACUUGAUCCCAGUAUUUAUUUAUUGCCAGAAAGAAAGAGGUUGCUGUCAUUUGGAAGCUUUUAUUUUUUUACCUCUCACUUUUAUUCUUCAAAUAACAGCAAUACCCAAAAUAGAAACUGAAAGUUUUCAUUAAACAAAAGGAAGAGCUCAUGUAAAACCAGUUCAUUAAUUAUAUUCUGGGCCAGAUAGUGACCGAUAAUGUUUUUUUAUUGACAACUAAAUAUAGAUGUUUUGAAGAUGCAUUUUGAACAUAGACUUUUUUUCAUAAUUACAAACUAGAAUGUAUAAUUCUAAUUUUCCUAUGACUUACAAGAGCACAGUUGGUAUUCCAAAGGUGAUGCUCGAAAGCUACAAUUACUUAUAAAUGCACUAAAGUUUUUGAAGCAAAUCUACCUUAGAAAUUUUUUUAGUAUUGUAUUUUUAAAAAGAUUGAGGAUUUUACUUAAAUCUUCUGUGAGUUAAAUGUAUCUUCCAUUAAGUAUUGAAUAUAUUUAUCCCAUUUUAUUUUUAAUCAACUAUUUUAUAGAAAUGAGUUGGGAAAAGUUUAACAUGCAAUAUUUUAUGUAUUUUGCUGUUAACAGGCAGUGUUCUGAAAUUAAAUUUAUUUUUGUUCAGUGAACAUAAGUUUAGAAUUAAAAUUGGUAAGAUAAUUUAUCUCCACUAAUAUAUUUUUAAGAAACUGUGACACAUUAAUAGGGAAUAACUUUAUUUCAGAUUAUACUAAUGUAGUAUGUAGCUCAACUUCUUGAAAUUCAAGUAAAGGCUAGACUUUUACUUUGAAAAAGUUCCAUUGGAUAUUUUCCAGUGCUAUUUCAUUUUAGAAAUGUGUUUGCCAUUCAUCUGCGGAAUCAUUUGACAAAGGGAAUAUUACUUAAAAAAUGUUGAGAUAAACCUCAUUUUAAGUUCUACAAAAAUAUUUAUCAAUGGACGUAUUAUUUUUAAAAAAAUCCCCUGCUAAGGAUUUUUUUUCAUUAAAUAGUCUUAGAGGGUAUAUGAUUUCUAGAACUUGUUUUGUCAAUAUGUAAUUUGAUGUAAAGAACAUAUUUUGUAUGCAAAACAAAUCGAGUAUGGCUGCAAAAACUAUAUUGUUUAGGGAUUCCAGAGAGAGAUUUAAUGCUGAAAUAACCAUACCUAGUAUGUAGUUCAUAUUGUGAAAGAAACUUUGCUUUUGUAAUAUAUGAAUAAAAAAAUAACACUUUCUAAUGAUUUCGAUUUUUUUCUUUUUUGAGAACAAGGAUCCAAUUAGUUCUUUUUGGUAACUUGCCAGUAUGUAAAAUGUUAAUUAAGAGAAAAAGGUUUUAUUGGCAACAUUCAUUUGAAUUUGUAGAAUGCCUUACCCCUGAGAAGAUCUGUCACGGGAGUUAAAAUCAGCUGCAUACAUCCCUGUUUUGUCUCCUUUCUAGUUUCUUCGCUUUGUUUAAGGUCUGUGUGCUGUGACUCCAGCCCCUCCCCUCCCCACGGCUCCGGCGCAGAGGGCCGCCUCUGUCGCUUGCCUCUCCACAGCGCAUCUGACAAGUGACUGAUGUAAUUUCUGUUAUGGCAAAUGGAUC